UCUCAGGCCAGGGACUGCAGCAGUGCACUUAGAGCUGCAGUUCUAAAUCGCCACAGUGUCCCAGGUUAAAAAAUACUCGACCAAAACCCCACUGUAAUGCUGCAGUGAGCUAUGGUGCAGCAAGAGCUCUUGGAGAAGAUGGGCCAUGGUCUGCAGGUGCAGCACAAGGGUUUCAGCCAGGCUUCCCCAUGUGCCCAGAUCUCCCACAUCCAACUGGACCGUGACCCUGCUCUAUUGCUUGAUGUUGAGGUUGCUUCUCUAAACUGUCUUCUCUCUCUCUCCCCCUCCCCUCUCCUGGCAAGGUACCGCACCUUCUUCAGGCCCAAAUACAAGAUUGGAUACAAGACAGUGACUGAGCUGUCCUGGAGGUGCUGCCCAGGCUUCAUGGGAGAAGGGUGCCAUGACAGCCCGACAGACCAGCCUGGCCUUCUGCCCCAGCAUCCCAGCCCUAAAAUGCCCCCUGGGCAAAAGAUGUUUCCAAUGCCCAGACUUCCUCCCUAUCCCAAAAGCCACCCUGACCUGUUUCCAGGACCAAAGAAGAAUCAAUAUGGCAGGAAGCUGCCUGGCCUCUUUGGGGACCGCCUGGAUCGGCUGGAGGAGGAGGUGAGGCGCCUUUCCCAGUCCUACGACAGCCUGCACACCAUGGUGAGCGGGCUGGGGGACCGCCUGCGCUUGGCCAUCCAGGAGGACACCACCAAGAUGAUCGGCUCCCUGAUGAACAGCCCGGGCACGCCAGACUCCUCCGUGGGCUUCGGCAUCAUUCCCGACGGCCUGGUGGACGUGGCAGACAAAGCUGACAUUGCCACGUACCCUCCCGUAGGGGACAUCAUGACCAAAGUGACCGAGGUGAGCGAUGUGCUGAAAACCAAGGCGGAUCUGCUGCACGAGGUCCAGGGCAUGGUCCUGGACCACGACGGGCAGAUCAAGCACCUGCUGGAAUCUGCCCGGCCCUCGCCUCUCACCUCCAUCGACCUGCUGGAGGAGUAUGUGGACACGAGGCUGAGCAACCUGCGUGGAGAGCUGCUCGAUGGCUUUGAGAAGAAGCUGGGCAAGAUCCAGACCACGUGUGAUUUCCGCAUCCAAGAGGUGCGGCAGCAGUGCGAGGAGGAGAAAGCCGCCAACCUGCGGCUGCAGCAGACGCUGGAUGGGAAGGAGCUGGAGAUCAAGAAAGAGAUCUCUCAGCUGGAGACCCAGAUCCAAGGGCUGACAGUGGUGGAAAGCUGCUGCAGCAACCUGGACUACCUCACUGAUCGCAUGAACAUCCUUGAGAAAGGCCUUCACAGCAUCUCCGAAUCCCAGAAGAACCUGCACUCACGCCUGGAUGGAGAAAUCUCCACCGUCACCCUAGGGAACCUCUUUGAAGGGCGCUUCGAGGACCUGGAAGCCAGGCUCAAUGCCACAGAGAGGGAAACGGGGAGCUGCUGCUCUGGUAUAGAGGACAGCAUGAAAGGCACGGUGGUGGCAGAGGUGGAUGGCAUGAGGACUGCCUUUGAAGACAAAAUGCAGACCCUGGAGGACAGGUUCAUGACCAUCGUGGGGGAGCUGAGCAAUGUCAGUUCUCCCGUGGGCAUGGAUGGAGCAGUGGUGCCUGUGCUGGAAGGGGAGCUUGCCAGCAUGAGGAAACGGACAGAUGAGACACUGGAGGCGUUGCAGAAUCGCCUCAUCACCCUGGAGAGCACCUGCUCCCUGGGCUGCACCUCUGCCUCCAAAGAUGUGGAGACCUUUCGGACAGAGAUCGAGGACUGCCAGAACAAGAACCAGGACCUGCUCCUCCGCAUGGACAGCAAUUACGACCUCCUGCGCAAGCUGAACGCCACCAUCCUGGAGAUCCAGCGGCGAAUCGAGGAGGAAGCAUCAGGGGCUUUGCAAGGGGAGAUCACCUUGCUGAAGAUCAACCUGAACACUGUGAGCAAGUCUCUGACAGGGCUCAAGGACUCAGUUUCCCAGUACUCAGACACCGUGACACAUGUCAACUCCUCACUAGACGAGCACGAGCGGAAGAUUGAGGAUGAGGUCCACUCCAUCCAGGAGAAAGUCAAUGACCAAGGUUCCCAGCUUUUCUUCAGCAACCGCCGUGUCCUGAACCUCAAGGGAGACCUGGAGCGACUCAAAGCCAGGAUUGUCAGCGACCUGAGCUCCUGCAAGAACGUGGCCCACGGCCUGCAGCAGGAGGUCUCUCGCUUUGACGAGCGGGUGGCGCGGGUGGAGAGCGCCUGUGGCAGGCUGGGGGCCAUUCCCGGCAGCCUGGAUGACAUCAGGGAGGAACUGGAGAAACACACGGGCAGUCUAUGGGAUUACAUGGACCAUAUGAACGGGACACUGGCUGCCCACUCUCAGGAAAUAAUAGGACUGAAGGACAACUUGCUUGACUGCCAAGCCAAGGUCUCUGAGCUGGCGGAGCAGGUCGGGUACUUGGAGGAGAAGGCGGAGAGGAGGCAGCAUUAGCCACACUGCAAUGCCAUGUGUCUUCCUUCUCCUGCUGUGAAGGACAGGAUUAAAUUAUAUCACACAGACUCA